GGCACGAACCUCCGGUAUAUCAGCGUGUGCGAGUGCGAGCGUGUGGUUGCGCGCUUCUCUCUCUCUCUCUCUCUCUCUCGCUCUCGCGCGUUUUAUUUGCGUUCAAAGAGAGAUAGAAGAGAAUAGAAUUUUUUGUAUAAACGCGAGUAUAGUGCGCACGCGCCGGCCCUGGAAUAUAAUUUUUUUUUGUUGUUGUUGUUGUUAGUGAACCACCGAAAUAUAUAAUACAACAUAUAUAUACAAAGUGUUCACGGUAUUAGUUUAAACCUACUAAAUCUAGUUACCUUAUACAUGUUUGUUUUCUAUAAUAUACUAUAGUGAAGUGGUUUUUUUUUGUUUAUAGUAUAAUCUAAAUUAAAUAAUCUGUUAAUUAGAUUAUAUAGUUGGCUCUGUGCUGGGGUGUUUAUAGUAUAGAUAUAUAUAUAUAUUGGUAUAUAUCUUUAGUAGGCGUAUUGUAAUAUACCGGGUGUUUCGUAUGGUGAUGUCAGAGACGGGGGGACUGGCAAUGCACCAGUUACCAAUGCAUCACAGGGGUUUGGGGAUGGUGCAGCCCAGUUUGGUGGUGAAUCCGCACCCGUUGGGUGAUUCUUGUUCCGUGGAAUCGCAGAACAAAAAAAACCGUCGGACGAGCCAUUGCGUGGGUUGCGGGGGCCAGAUCCACGACCAGUACAUCCUGCGGGUGGCCCCCGAUCUGGAAUGGCACGCGGCCUGUCUCAAAUGCCAGGAAUGUCAGCGGUUCCUCGACGAGUCCUGCACCUGUUUCGUCAGAGACGGGAAGACCUACUGCAAAGUCGAUUACGUCAGAUUGUUCGGCACGAAAUGCGACAAGUGCGGGCUGUCGUUCAGCAAGAGCGACUUCGUGAUGCGCGCCAAGAGCAAAAUCUACCACAUCGAGUGCUUCAGGUGUCGCGCCUGCGCCAGGCAGCUGGUGCCCGGCGACGAGUUCGCGCUGCGCGACGGCGGCGUGCUCUACUGCAAGGAGGACCACGACGCCAUGGAGAAGACGACGGCGGCGACGGCGGCGGCGGCGCCGACCGGCGCCCACUUGGCGCCGAGCGGCGAAAGCAACAACAACACGAGCCUGAGCAAUAAUAAUCAUAAUAGCAAUUCGACGGAGUUGGGGUGCAUGUCAGAUUCUGGCUCGGAAAGCGGCUCGCACAAGGGCGGCGGCGGCGGCGGCGGCGGCCUACGCAAAUCCGGCGCCGGCGGCGUCGGAAGCGGCGGCGGCGGCGGCAGCGAAGGAAAACCGACGCGUGUUCGAACCGUCUUGAACGAGAAACAAUUGCACACGUUACGUACGUGUUACGCGGCCAAUCCGCGUCCCGACGCCCUCAUGAAGGAGCAACUGGUCGAGAUGACUGGUCUGUCGCCGCGCGUCAUCAGAGUCUGGUUCCAGAACAAACGGUGCAAGGAUAAGAAGAAGACCAUUUUGAUGAAGCAGCAGAUGCAACAGGAGAAGUAUUAUUCGCAGGACGGCAGGAAGAUGGGCUACGGCGCGAUGCAGGGCAUCCCGAUGGUGGCGUCGUCGCCGGUCCGACACGAUUCGCCCAUCGGCGUCCAUCCGCUCGAAGUGCAGGCCUACCAACCCCCGUGGAAGGCGCUCAGCGAUUUCGCCCUGCACGCCGACCUCGAUCAACCCCACCAACCGGCCUUCCAGCAGUUAGUCAAUCAGAUGCACGGCUACGACCUGCCGCCACCAUCGAUAGGCCAAACGGCCGGCGGCGGCGCCCCCCAUCACCCCUCGCUCAUGGGCCAAGGGGGCGGCGGAGGGGGCGGCGGCGGCCCCGGCGCUCCCCCCUCCGACGUCAUGACGCAUCCGGACAGCACCGACAGCUACGUCACCUAUCUAGACAGCGACGAAUCGCUGCCGGCCAGCCCCUAACACCCGACGGGCAACUAGCCCCCUGCCCCCCAUCACCUGGCGGGCUAUUGGGGGGCGGUGCUCGUCAGUCGCUUGGCCGCCUGUUUGCCUUCUACUUAGGUAUUUUUACGGACGAUUUUUUUUCGUUUUUUUUCUCUUGUAUUUGUACAGGGUGAGUCUGGGAAUCCGGUGACCCCCCCGCGGACUUUGAGGCAUUGUAACUCGGGAUGUACGAGUCGUAGAAAGGCCGUUUUUUCGGCGAAUUGUCGAAGAGAAAUUUUCGCAAAUUUUACGAUUUUUUUGAUAUUUUAUUUUUUAUUAUUUUCGUAAUUAUUGAAUAACUUCGAGGGUUCCGUUGACUCAUCUUGUAUAUUAUCGGGCGUUUUUUUUAUCGAUUAACGGAUUAUGUUUGCAACUAUACAUUUUUAUACAAGGUGUUUCUAGUGAAAAUAUGCAAAUUUUCGAUUUUUAUACCCGACGGGGUGCUAGCCCCCCCUGGCCCCCCAUCACAUGGCGGGCUAUUGGGUGGCGGUGAUGUUUGCCUUCUACUUAGGUAUUUUUACGGACGAUUUUUUUUUUCGUUUUUUCUCUUGUAUUUAUACAGGGUGAGUCGGAGAAUCUGGUGACCCCCCGAGGGCUUUGGGGCUUUAUAACUCGGGAAGUACGAGUCGUAGAAGCGCCGUUUUUUCGGCGAUUUGUCGAGGAGAAUUUUCCUCAAAUUUUACGAUUUUUUUUAGUAAAUUUUGGAUAGUUUCAGAAAAAAUAAAUUAACUCGACUCAUCUUGUAUAGGAAUAUUGGGCGUUUGUUAUUGAUUAACGGAUUGAAAAUUAAAAAAAAAUUAUAUACAGGGUGUUGCUCUUGAAAAUUUGCAUAUUUUCGGCAGUUCAAAUAGCCCGUUUCUCGAUAAAAUUCGCACGUAUUGUAAUUAUUAUUCUUUUUUUCGAAAUUAAUUAAAUUCAAACUAAACAAAACUCGUUAAAUUAAUUCUAUAUUAUUUAGAAAAAAAUACCAAACCUGUUGUAACAUAAUUGUAACUUAAAAAUAACCGAAAAAUUUUUGAGUAUCUAAAAAUAAUUUUUCGUUUGAAAAAAAAAGGUUCGAAUUUUUACACCAAAUUAUUUACGAAAAAAAAUAAUUGACAAAAAAUCGAGAAAAACUCAAUAACUUGUAAAUAGCAUAUA